AACCCCCAGCUCAACAGUGACUGCUCAAACAUCCAGAGCAAGACCUCUUACUGUGCUUUCCUGCCUUCUCAUGUCAGUAAGCAGACUCGCGGGCAGAUGGACCCUCCUCCGAAAACAAAACCGCUUCCACCAGGUUUGUUUAACGACUGGGGCAACAACCAUGCUCAGAAGCGCAAUGACCCUCCUCCGAAAACAAAACCACUUCCACCAGGUUUGUUUAACGACUGGGGCAACAAUGGUGCUCAGAAGCGGGAUGGUCUGUCUCCUACAGGGGGAUUGGGGGACUUUCAUGGACCAAAAGAAGCUCCUCCACCAGGCUGGGGACACAAGGGCGUGGUUGAGGGUAACCAUGGAAAGACAAUGAGCACGAGAUCACCAAUAAUGGGAACUGGCCUGCCCGAACAACAAUCUGAGCCGGCCUUCAUGCCACCACAUAUCCCUAACCUCCCCAAUGGAAUGGAGAAUAAGAUGGUUGUUCAUCCUACAACCCUGACCAAGAAACUGAGGCCGACGGGCAGCUACCUCAAGCGUGAUGCUAAUGCCCCUGCCCCUACACCGGGCUCUGUUGGUGCUGCCAUUGUAGGAUGCAAACAAUACCAUACCGUCAAAGCCAAAGAUACAUGCUUCAAUGUCGCUCAGCAGUACCCUGGCCUUCUUUUCAGCGAGUUUCUCAGACUGAACCCUCCGCUCAGCAACCUUGAUACCGUCUGUCCAAACCUCCAGGCCAAUACACGAGUCUGCGUGAAGGGUGACACAAAAACCAACUUGGUACCCACUCCCUCUGCCGUCGUAGGUGUCCAUGCCCGCGAUGUUCAGGGCUGGCCGUCUCCCACAAAGCCCGGAACAAACCCAGGCUGCAAGUCGUUUGAAUUGGUCAAGAAGGGAGAUUCAUGUGAGGGUGUUGCCCGCAAGCACCAUAUCUCCGUCGCCCAGCUCAAGGAGUGGAAUCCAGCUGUUGGGCCUACCUGCGAGAAGCUUGAAAUCGGAUACUAUGCCUGCGUCCGUGUCUGA